AUGAAACUCAAAGUCAAAAUAUGAUUGGCCUCGCUUAGUGUCUUCCGGUCAUGCGUAGUUCUCUUCUUCGCAAUUUCCUCCCCUCCGCCUCUUGCCGCGGAGUACUCGUCGUCGUAAUAUAAAAUUUAAGUGAAAUGGCUGCAAGAUUUAUCAAAAAAAUCGUCCCGGCGAGCAGGGCGGGUGUUGCCCAGUACAGCACCGGAGUACGUAAAGUUACAUUAAUCCCUGGUCAUGGAAUUGGACCUGAGAUCACGGUAGCCGUACAAAAAAUAUUCGAAGCCGCCAAAGUGCCUAUUGAAUGGGAUGAAGUGGACGUUACGGCUGUUAGGGGUCCAGAUGGCAAGUUUGGUAUUCCUCAAAGAGCAAUUGACUCUGUAAACGAAAACAAAAUUGGUCUUAAAGGACCCUUAAUGACCCCUGUUGGUAAAGGAUACCGGUCUCUUAACUUAGCUCUACGAAAGGAGUUUGACUUAUAUGCUAAUGUGCGGCCUUGCAAAAGUUUAGAUGGAAUCAAGACAUUAUACGAUAACGUGGACGUAGUAACCAUCCGUGAGAACACUGAGGGUGAAUAUUCAGGUAUUGAGCACGAAAUCGUGGAUGGAGUCGUCCAAUCCAUCAAAUUGAUUACUGAGGAAGCCAGUAAGAGAGUUGCAGAGUUCGCCUUCCAAUUCGCAAAGGACAACAAGAGGAAGAAGGUCACUGCAGUACACAAGGCUAACAUUAUGCGUAUGUCAGACGGUCUUUUCCUUCGGUGUUGUCGUGAGAUGGCCACUAAGUACCCUGAUAUCAAGUUUGAGGAGAGAUACCUGGACACUGUAUGUCUUAAUAUGGUCCAAGAUCCAUCAAAGUUCGAUGUUUUGGUGAUGCCCAACCUGUAUGGAGACAUCAUGUCGGACAUGUGUUCAGGUCUGGUCGGAGGUUUAGGUUUGACUCCUUCUGGAAACAUCGGCAAGAAUGGAGCGCUCUUUGAGUCUGUGCAUGGUACAGCGCCAGCCAUCGCGGGACAAGACAAGGCGAAUCCUACGGCUUUGCUACUCUCCGGUGUUAUGAUGCUGCGAUACAUGCGUCUAUUGGAACAAGCUGAUAAAAUUGAAAAUGCCUGCUUUACUGUCCUAAAGGAGGGAAGGGUUCUUACUGAGGAUCUUGGAGGCAACAGCACUUGUUCAGCGUUCACACAAGAGAUCAUAAAGAACCUUGAUUAGAUUUGUCUAAAAUUGUCUAUUAGGUAGCUAAAGUUAGUGGUCUAUCGGUCGUUUGAUUUUCGUCGAUAAUCAGACUUUAUGUAUGUAUGUUUCCUGAAAUUAAUUAAUUCAGACUAUUUUUGGUCACUUCAUGUGUGUUUAAUUGUGACGGCUGUUAGAUAUGUUUAACCCAGAAAUGUUAAAUGUAAUUUAAUUUUAAUGUAUUAUACAGAAAUCAAUGAAAUUAUGAAAGUUUCAGCCAUGUAUUUACAGUAUUGACAAUAGCAAUAAGUUUGUGAAUUUAUUCGUUAUUUUGCUAAUUUUUAACUCAUCAUUUUCAUCAAAUGCAGUUUAAUUUUAAUAUUAAGUUAAGUAGGACAAAUUGAACCAAAUGAGUAUUAUGUUAGUAAGAUCUGCUGAGUAUUUGAAAUUAUAAUUCGACUAGAUUUGUCUUAUGAGAAAAAUUUAAAGAUUAAAUAAUUUUAACAAAAAAUAAUGUAUACAGAAAAAUUUUGACAAUAGUCAACGACGGAGAGUUAAAAGAUAAAAAAUUAAAAAUAUGAAGUGCUCCUUCGUUGAAUAUAAAACUGCCGAUAUCUGUAAUAUGUUUUAUCUAUUUUAAUAUUGAAAUACUCUGAAGAAUGGCAACUUUACUAAAAUUCAAUUGCAGAUAAUAUAAUAAUGUUGCCAGGCUUGUGAGCUAAUUGCUGUUACCAGUUAAUAUUAGUGAGAAAUGGCUGUUUCAAUGUAUUGUGAUGUUGUUAAGGUUAAUAUUAACAAUUGUCGCCUAUUGACGCUAGUAAACACACACUUUGACAGUAAUUGACCAAAUUUAAUAAAAGAUGGCAACACCAAGAUAGAAAAACAGCAAAAUAUUUUUUAUCAUUAUAAUGACGAAACUAUAACUGUGUUGAUAAUGAUAUUGUUUACUACGCGUAAUUAGCGGCAUUUGUUCCCAUUAUAUUAUAUGCCUUAGUGAAUUUUAAUUUAACUUAGCUUUACAAUAUUGCUAUUCUGUAAGAUUAGGUACUUAUUUAAUUUGUUCCUUGGCUCAUUCCAAAUGCAUUUUGAUUUAUGUAUUUUUUAUUAUUUUUACAGUAUUGUAUUUAAUCAAGUUCAAAAUCAGAUUUAAUCUGAAAAUAAAACCGAUAUGCAUUAAUUAUGAUGUUUUUGUAGAUUAAUCUUAUUUUAUGUAGUACAAAAAUGCAAAGGAAA